UUCCACACGCCCUCCCUCCCUCCCUCCCACGAGCACAAAUCGAAACUCCCCUUCACUCUCUAUACCGACCGACCAACAGGCCAAGAACACACACACACACACACACACACAGAGACACCAGGACCAGGACAAGCUGUUGCUGCAGACUGUUUCUUCUUCCCAAUUCAUUGCAUCCUUCAUCCAUGCCAUCAUAGCUUAUCACCACCAGAGAUCAGAGGCCGCUUAUUAGCUACCUCACUGUCCGCCCCACAUGGCGUUCCUGCACAGGCUCCUCAAGUGCCGGCGCAAUGCCGCCGCCGCCGUCGCGAGCGCCUCCUUCCUGGUGCUCGUGCUCGUCUUCUCCGUCCUCCUGGCCGCCACGCGGCACGACGAUUCUCCCGCGAUCGCGGCGCCUUCCUUGCCGGGCGAAGAGGAGCCGGGGGCGAGCUGCGAGGCGGCGCUGCGGCCGCUGCUGGACGACGCCGCGCGGUGCCGGUACCUGUCGUCGCCGCGGCACCCGCCGUGCGCGCCGGCCGGGUACGUCGACUACCUGCGCCUCUUCUACUGCGGCUUCGGGCGCGCGCCGUGGCUGGGCGGCGCGGCGCUGGCGCUGUGGCUGCUCGUGCUCUUCUACCUCCUCGGCGACACGGCGUCGCAGUACUUCUGCGCGUCGCUGGAGGGGCUCUCGGAGGCGCUGCGGCUGCCGCCGGCCAUCGCGGGCGUCACGCUCCUGUCGCUCGGGAACGGCGCGCCCGACGUGCUCUCCAGCGUCGUCGCGUUCGCGGCCGGCGGCGGCGGCGCCGGGGACGUCGGGCUCAGCAGCGUGCUCGGCGGCGCGCUGUUCGUGUCCACGGUCGUGGCCGGCGUGGUCGCCAUCGUCGUGGCGGGAAGGCGAGGGGACGCCGCCGUCGCGAUCGAGCGUCGCGGGUUCGUGCGCGACGUGUGCUUCCUCCUGGUGGCGCUGUGCUACCUCGUGGCCGUCCUGCUCACUGGCACCGUCACCGUCUGGGCCGCCGCGUCGUUCCUCUCCCUGUACGCCGCCUACGUCCUCCUUGUCUGGACCUCCCACUGCUGCGCGGCCGCCGCGGAGGACGAUGAGCUGGGAGACGGCAAGAAGCCCGCUGCAGCUGCUAAUCAUUCCGACCUCGCCGCCCCUCUCCUCGUUGACGGCGACGCGCCGCCUCCGCUCCCCGUCUCCUGCAAGGCUACUACGCCGCCGCCGCAGAAAACCUUGUCCCAGCGCGCCCUGGACGCGCUCCACUCGCCGCUGUACCUCCCGCGCCGGCUCACGAUCCCGGACAUCGCCGCGCACCGGUGGUCCAAGCGCUACGCCGUGGCCUCGGCGCUCCUCGCGCCGGUCCUCCUGGCCGCCAUCUCCUACCCCUCCAUCCCCGCCGUCCUCCUCUCCGCGGCGGUGGCGGGGGCCGUCCUCGCGGCCGCCGCGGCCCACGCCACGGCCUCCGCCGCCCCGCCGGAGACCCGGUGCGGCCGCAUCCCCUGGCUCGCCGGCGGGUUCCUGAUGUCCGUGCUCUGGUCCUACAUGCUUGCGCGCGAGCUCGUGGCGCUGCUGGUCGCGAUCGGCCUCGUCGCGGGCGUGAAGGCGAGCCUGCUGGGCGCGACGGUGCUGGCGUGGGGCAACUCGCUGGGGGACCUGGUGGCGGACGUGGCCCUGGCCGUGCACGGGGGCGCCGGGGGCGCGCAGACGGCGGUGUCAGGGUGCUACGCGGGCCCGGCGUUCAACACGGUGGUGGGUCUGGGCCUCUCGCUGACGCUGGCUGCCGGGGCCCGGUACCCGCGGGCGUACGCGGUCCCGGCGGACGCGUCGGCGUACCAGGCGGCGGGAUUCCUCGUGGCGGCGCUGGUUUGGGCGCUGGUGGUGCUGCCCGCGCGCGGGAUGCGGCUGGACAGGGUGCUCGGGGUGGGCCUGCUCGUCGUCUACCUCGGCUUCCUCGCCGUCAGGCUGGGCUCGCUCGGAGCGUCGGGAUCAUGAUGAUUCCUUUCUUUCUUUCAUUCUCUCUUCCGGGGGAUGAUGGUCGAUUAUACUGGUUGGAAUGCCAACUCUUGGAUAAGUAAAAAUAUGAUUAAACCAUUGCUGUGAUUUUGUGAAGAACCUCUGUCGAAUCAAAUGUACAUAUGUAAAAAGUAUUAAAUGGAUGCAAAAUCAAGGCCGGAACUUUUCCAUAAUCUAA